AGUAUCUAAAGAUUCUAAAGAUAGAAUCCACCCUGUCGUCGAAGUAUUAGAAGAUAAUAUUCAUCCUGUCGCUGAAGUAUCUGAAAAUAACAUCAACCCUGUCGCCGUAGUAUCUGAAGUUAACCAAAAUCAGAUAAUGUCGAACGACGACAGUUCUACAUCAAGUACUGUUAACAAUUCUUUGAUUAAAGAUGUAAAUAUCGAAAAGAAGCGGAAGCGUAAGAUUAGGAAACUAGUAUAUUCUAACUCUCAAAAUGAGAUAAUAUUGAACUCUGAUUUGGACAUGGUUUACGCUGAAAGACGCACUAAAACUGUUGAAAGAGUUGAUCAAGUUACUUCACCUGAUACCAUAAAUAUUAAACACGAAGAACCUAUGUCAGAAACCCUUAAAAUAAAUACCGUUGAAAAUCCCUCAAAUUUGACUGAACAGAUUACCGGCGGUUUGAAAAAUCCAACAACGAAUGAUGUGUCAUCUGUUUCAGAGAGAAUAAAAAAAUCUUCAUCUGAAACAAAACGACGGUCUUUACUUGGUACCUGGUUCUAUUCUACAUCCGACAUGUCGGAAAAUACAAAUGAAAAUGAAGAUAGUAAACCAUCUGAUGUUGCUCUGUCGACCCAUACAUUCCCUAAAUCAACAUCAUCACCUGAUUUAUCGACUUCACCAGCUUCUAAUUUAACGACUUCAUCUAAUUCAAAACCAUCAACUACUAUUAACUUACCUUCAAAAGUCGAUCAUUCAACACAAAAUACAUCUACCCCUAUAAAUAAUACUCCUCCUACUUCAUCACAAGCAUCCACUAAAGGCUACACAUCUAAUUCUUCAAGUAAAAAACCCGUCUCAAAUCAACGUUCAAAUAUCAAGAACCUCCCUCCAAAUCCAUUAGUUCAAACUUUACCUGGAAAUAGGUCUUCUUGGUUGCAUUUUUUUGUGAGUGGACCUCCUGCUCGUUCAGGAAUCUCUAAAAUAAAGCAAAGAUCUGAUGUUAAAUUAAUCUCAGAUGUUGAGAUUGUUUCAAAAGGCGAAACUCCGGAAAUGACUUCUAUUAAUAAUAAUACAACUUCUCUAAAAGUAUCAACUCAAAAUGAGAUAGAUAAGAAAGUUUCUACUUCUCAGACUAUUUCUGAUUCUUCUCCUAAACUCAAACCUUCAGCUGUUAAACCCGUACCUGUCAGCAUUGUUCUGCCAAAAUUUGACGAAUCUGCUAUAAAUACACCAAUGAGACAUCCUGAUUCUCCUGUUCAAAAGGCACUUCAUGCAAUAAACUCUUAUUUCUUUCCACCUGACAAACCGCGUGAUGGUACUUUACAUAAGUGGUUAGAUGAGAUUACAAGAUCAACUAUUGAUGUCAAACGAAUUGCUAUCAUUGGUGUUCAUGGUUGGUUUCCUGCUAAAUUAUUAAGAGUUGUAGUAGGUGAACCAACUGGUACUUCAGUAAAAUUUUGUGAUAUGAUGGCUAAAGCUGUCUUGGGUUAUUUAUCUAAGCAUAAUAUUUCUUUACCAAGUGAUGCGAUCACUUGUAUACCACUUGAAGGUGAAGGAACGAUAGAAACUAGAGAGCAAUUAUUACAUAAAAAUUUAUUAUAUAAUAAGACUUGGUGUGAAGCUUUGACUUUAGCUGAUGUUGUAUUUGUCGCAACUCAUUCACAAGGUACUCCUGUUGGUACAAUACUUCUUUCAAGACUUAUCAAAGAACGUCUUGUGAAUCCUAAGCAACAACGUAUAUGUUUGUUAGCUAUGGCUGGAAUAUCUCAUGGUCCAUUUCCUUAUCUAAAAGAACAUUAUAUAUUAAGAUACUUUGUUGGUGCCGGAAGAAAUCCUGACGUAGAUGCAUCGAGAGAACUUUUUGAAUUUAUAGACUCGGAAAGCACUGUUGCUAAAAAAUAUCGUGAAGCUCUUAAUGUUGUGACUCAAAAAGGGGUAAAAUUAGUUUAUGUUGCUUCGAUGGAUGAUCAAGUAGUGCCGUUAUAUUCUGGGAUAUUUAUCGGAAUAGAACAUCCAUCUAUACUGCGUGCAAUUUAUGUCGAUGGUCCAUUAUAUCAAGAAAAUGAUUUCUUGAUAAAUCUAAUUAUAUUCGCUAUAAAAUUACGAAAUGCUGGUAUAUUGGAUCAUGGAUUGAUUACUCAAUUAAGUGAGGUUAUUAUCGGUUCGUUGUAUGGCGAGGGUCAUUCAGCUUUGUAUAAUGAAAUUGAUGUUUACACACUUGCUGUACAAUAUCUUUUUGAAGUACCAUCAGUGAAGACAAGCCAAGUAAAACUUAAAAAAUUUCAAGCACAACAAAAGAAUAAUCCAUAUUAUUUGCCUUGGUCAGUUCGCGGUAUUUUAGAGGACCAAAAUGUUAUUAAAAAUCCCCAUUUUGCAAGCGAAAUUAACAGAUUAAAGAAAUUAUAUGAAGAUUGGGACCCUUCUUCAAAAGUAUUAAAGGAAUUAAAGUUCCGUUUAGAACCAUUUCGUGAUACUAUUCUAGGAAAAUAG